UGGUUCAGCGAAAUCUGCAGCGGGAGAGAGAGGCAGAAGACGAUCGGUGAUUGAGUGGGUUAAAUGCAAAUGACGAACACCUGUUUCUUGUUUCAGUAAUUGGCGUGGAGAGAGUAUAUAACGCCAGGAGAAACAGGAGUGAGGGAGAGAGAGAAGGACUGCUGACCGGUGGACUCUGCUAUUCACAGCCAUGGAGUGAAAGUUUUGUUACGCUUUGAUUUGAGUUAUUGUGCUGAUGCACCUGCUUUUGUGUUUGUAUUGGAGAAUCCUAAUAAAUACCACCGUCAGCAGUCAGCCGACCCUUGUCUUCUUCCUUCCUUUAUACGAACUUUAUCACAAAUAUAUUCUUUACAUUGCAAAUAUUUAAUUAGAUACUUUUUUUUUUUUAAAUGAUAUAUGCUUCAUAUAAGCACACUUAUGUUUUUGAAUGAGUUCUAUAUGACACUCUUCAGCUCUUUUCUUCUGGAUGAACAAAAUCAGUUGUUCUCCCAGCUGUAUGUUCUUCUCCCUUGAUGCUGCCAGUCUUGGAAAGAGUCAACAUGUCAAGUGAAUAAAAAGGCAGCAUAGACUGUAGCACAUCUUUAUUGUUGAGCCUCCAAGAGACUGUUUCAGUGAGGAGCAGUUCAGAGCUGUCAGACAGACAAAUAGCAUCUUCAGAGAUCUUUAUCUGUGGUUAUGUAUACAUUGAACUUUAUAUGAAGGAAGUAACAGGGAACAAUAUUCUGUUUUGAUGUUUCUUCCAAGUACUUCAGAAUGAAUCUCACAGCAGUGAACCAAACUGAUGGCUGUCAGGAAUAUUUCUGUCCAGAGAGAUCUGUUUCUUUAUCUGUCUAUGUGAUUCAGUAUGUGGCCACAGCAGCUGUGGCUCUUCUGACCGUGUGUGGAAACCUGCUGGUCAUCAUCUCUGUUAGUCACUUCAAGCAGCUCCACACACCUGCUAACAUCCUCAUCCUCUCUUUGGCUGUGUCUGAUCUGCUGGUCGGAGUUUUUGUGAUGCCACUUCAUUUGUCUUGGGUCAUUGAGUCUUGUUGGAUUUUUGGACCAGUGAUGUGCUCUGCUUUAAAAAUUGUGAAUUUUCAAGCAACAAGCGUGUCUGUUCACACUGUGGCUCUAAUAGCAGUUGAUCGUUUUUUGGCUUUAAGUUAUCCUUUUUUUUACUCAGAGAAAAUCUCACCCACUGUGAUCUGCUUUGCAACUUUAUUUAACUGGCUAUUUUCACUCCUUUAUAACAUUUCUCUUCUCUUCAUUAAUGGAAACUUCACUGAUGUCACAUGUCCAGGAGAAUGUGUUGCUAUUAUAGAUGGGGUUUCAUCCCUCAUUGAUCUCCUGGUUGUGUUUCUUGUGCCAUGUACACUCAUCAUAAUAUUAUACACUCAUGUUUUUGUCAUUGCUAAGAAACAUGCGACUGCUAUAAGAGCCCUUCAGGUUCACAACAGCACCUCUAAAAACAGAGUCAGUGACAAAUCAGAGCGAAAAGCUGCGAUUCUGCUGGGGAUUCUGGUCUUUGUGUUUCUUCUGUGUUUACUGCCAUAUUAUAUUUGUUCCUUAGUGGUUCCAUACAGUAAUGAUGACUUGUUUCAUGUAAGAGAUGUUACUGUAAUUGUUUUUUUCCUGAACUCUACCAUUAAUCCCAUCAUUUAUGCCUUAUUCUAUCCCUGGUUUCAGAAAAGCUUGAAAUUAAUUUUCACAUUUAAAGUGUUUAAUAAAGACUCCUCUCUGAUGAAUGUGAUGUAGGUUGCUGAAUGUUAGACAGAUUUUCAUUAUUGCAUUAUUUUAUUUAGUCAUAUAUUGAACAUGACUGUGAAGACACGAAUAAUGUUUUCAAUAAUUCCAGUGUAUUGUAUAACAAUGAGUGUGUGUGUAACUAAUUUUACUUUUUGUUUGUAAUAAACAGAAAUGUUGAAGUGCAAAACAAUUUAUGAAACAAAAGUGUACAAAAGUAUCAGAAAAAAACAUUUGACCAAGAAAUUUCUCAAAUGAUCAAUUGUUUUAAUUUAUUAUAUAAAGCAAAUAGACACACCCAGCGUCAACAAAGCCAAAAUGUAACUUCUAACUCCCUCCUUUUUUUCUCAUACAACUUUUUAUUUUACUUGGAAAAUAUCACAUCCAUGUGAAGAAAUGAGCUAAAGCUAUAAGCCAAAAUGUCAACAUUUUAUAAAAGAAGUUAAACAAUAUAUCACUGCUUUAGAUAAUAUUAAAAACAAAAAAGACGUAUAAAACGUUUUGUCCCUUUAACUUGUAAUAUUUUACCUCUGGGAUAAAUUGUUUUCCCUUAUAAACUCCUCAAAUAUGUAUAUUUGUGUUCAUAUUUGUUGUGAGUUGUAUAUCCUCCUGGGACCCAGAAAUUAUUAUUAUUAUUUUUUUUAUUUAG